AUGGCGAAGAAAACCCCUUGCAAUCGCAGUACCGGAAAGAAGACUUCUUUUACGUUCCCGCUGCUUCACCCAAAAGUCGCCAAUGACGUUAUCGACCAUAUUACCACCGUCGUCUGGUGGGAAAGUUCACUUGCGACAACGGCGCCUGUUCCAACAAAACUUGGACAAGCGGAAACGUGGCUUUGCAGAUUCAAGGAUAUCCAGGAGGCGGCUAUAAUGCAGUCGUUUACAAUCAGCGAUGCAGAGUGUGCAAUCGACUGGGGAUUUUCUCCCUGA